CAACGUCAAGUUCGCUUUCCUGAGGGACUUUAAGGUGACGAGGAAACCCAGAGUGUUUAUUUUUUUGCCUUUCACCUGCGAGACGCGGGUUACGAGGUCACCUCAGGAUGCACCCGCACGGCGGCGCCUCAGGCGGCACCGCGUCCGCGCUUUCCCCGCCCGCCCUCAGCACGAGCACGGCCCGGCCCGGCCUCGCAGAGCAACGCCCUAGCGGCCGGGCCCGGUCCCAUGGCGCAGCGCCGCAGCGACGGGGCGCAGCUGCGCGAUUUCGUAGCGGAGGACAAGUGCUGGUAACAGCCCCAGCUCGCCCCAGGCCUUCCCUGCUGCCCCGUCCCACCAAGGCAGCCUCUCCGGGAAGCUCUGCCCUGUCAGCGCAGGCAGCGGGGAUUUGUUCAUAUCUGUAUUUCACACGAAGUGGUGUGAGAGGAGAAGCAGCGGUAACAGACCCCGGGGAGCCAGCACUGCCCCAGUCCCUCAGCCCCUCAGUGAAAAGAUACAUUGAAAGCGAACUAGAAGCUGCAAGAAAGUGGUCUCACAAAUGGGGAUUCUUGAAAACACCUCCAGAGUUGAUUGAAGAUGAAAAGAAAGAAAAAACAAAACCCAAGAUACAGCUCCCAAAACAUCUGCAGAUUCGACCUGUGACCCCUGUGGAAAAAUAUAUUAAGGUGAAUCCAUCUCCUCCAGUACCUAAGACUACCCAGGGAUUUAUCGGCUGGAGAUCAUCUGUUCCUGGGCUGGAACUCGAACGUUGUUUUGAAAUCCAAAGCAGCAAAGGUACCUUUUUCAAGGAUUUGAAGUGGCCAUGUGAGCCCUCUGACUGACAUUAAGAAAUAACAAUUAGGCACAUAGAUCCAUUUGUGUUCCUAAAUUAACAUUCUCUACUGGACUGUUAAACAUUUAUCCUUUCAAAUUAUCUAUCUAAACGUCCACAGUCAUUUUGGUAACGUGUGAACAGUGAACAUCUUAAUAAAGCAUUUUACUUGUUGCUCAUUUUUUUGAAAUCUGUAGCAUUCAGGCUGUUAAUACUGCUUCAGAUAAAUUUAGAAGCAACAAUGAAUAAACUCAUGCAAAUAUAAGAGAGCAGGUACUACUAUUGUUAGCGUUAGUAACUGUAUGAUUUUAAAAUAUUUAUUGAAAGUUUUUAAAAAACGUGUUUUGAAAUGGCGGAGCACUUUUUGUUUUUUAAAUUGUUUCUCUGUGAAAGCCUCCACUCAGACGCAGUUUCACAGCAGCUUAUU